AUGACUACAGUGUGUAUAACGCAUUCGUUCAUUCAUGCUUCGUACCUGUAGUGGGAAGGUCCAGCCAUGAAGACACCUGAGAACUGCAGUGAUAAGUUUGAAGAGGAAGGGAAAUCUUUCUUGGACGAUGCCGAGGAUAAAGAUAAGGGACUUCACAAACGGGAGACUUGGUCCUCCCGAUUGGACUUCCUCUUAGCUUGUGUUGGAUUCUCUGUCGGGUUCGGAAAUGUCUGGAGAUUCCCCUAUCUAUGCUACAAAAACGGUGGAGGAGCGUUCCUCAUUCCGUACCUAAUAUGUGUGGUCGUGGCCGGAGUUCCUCUCUUUUUCCUGGAAGUAACCGUUGGUCAGUUUAUGGGGGUGAGCGGCUUCAAGGCAUGGAACAUUUGUCCACUGUUACAGGGACUCGGAGGGACCACCACGACCAUUGUGUUUUUCCUAAACUGUUACUAUAACGUGAUCAUCUGUUGGGCAAUAUACUAUGUGUUUUCCUCCUUCACCUCCGAGCUUCCCUGGAAGACGUGUGGUCACGAGUGGAACACGGAACACUGCUACGACUUCAAUGGUGUAAACAAGACAGAAGCCUUUGCUACUAAUCUCACUGUCACCACUGUCAACACAUCAUUGAAUUAUAUCACACCAAACAAUAUAUCAUCGCCAGUCAUCAGAAUAGACCCCGUCAAUGAAUUUUGGGAGCGAAAGGUGCUUGGUCUCUCGUCCGGUAUUGAUGAGAUGGGAACUGUGAGAUGGGAUCUAGCUCUAUGUCUUCUGUUGGCCUGGGUGAUCGUGUAUGUGUGCAUAUGUAAAGGAAUCCGAACUUCUGGUAAGGUGAUGUAUGUAACGGCGACCGCCCCAUACUUCUUCAUGCUCGCCCUGCUCAUACGUAACUCUGUUCUAGAGGGCGCUCUUGAUGGGGUCAUCUAUUAUCUCAAGCCGGACUUAACCAAACUUGGUGACAUGGAGGUAUGGAUCGAUGCCUCCACACAGAUUAUGUGGUCCUAUUCUAUAGGUAAUGGUGCCCUGACCGCUCUCGGCAGUUACAACAAGUUUAACCAUAACUCCUACAGGGACGUCACGAUCUUCGCCUUCAUCAAUUCUGGCACCAGUAUUUUUGCUGGUUUCCUCAUCUUCACCAUCCUAGGGCAUAUGGCCUUUUUACAGGAUACAACCAUAGAUAAAGUAGCAGCUUCAGGUCCUGGUCUCGCCUUCAUCGCAUAUCCCAAGGCCGUAUCUAUGAUGCCUGGGGCUCCUGUCUGGUCUGCCUUGUUUUUCAUCAUGAUCAUCUUCCUGGGGAUUGACAGUCAGUUUGUACAAAUGGAAGGUUUCAUCACUCCCGUCGUAGAUCAGUACGCCCACAUUCUAAGACGGGGAUACCGGAAGGAGAUAUUUAUAGCUGUCGUCUGCGCCGUGUCAUAUCUUAUUGGUCUAUCAAUGAUUGCCGAGGGAGGGAUGUACGUGUUUCAAAUAUUUGAUUACUACUCUGGCAAUAGGGUAAUCUUAUUGGUGGCCUUUGCUGAAUGUGUUGCUGUUUCGUGGAUAUAUGGUAUAAAUCGAAUCUACGACAACAUUGAGAUGAUGCUGGGUCACCGUAUCAGCCGUUAUAUGUGGCUAGCGUGGACAGUCCUGACACCGCUGUUCUGUAUAGUGUUUUUCCUCAUCAGCAUUGUGACGUACUCUGAGCUGGACUAUAAAAGGCCGACUAUGACCUACCAGUACCCAGACUGGGCUGUAGCGAUAGGAUGGAUCAUGGCUAUGUCAUCAGCUGUCUGGAUCCCAGCACUCAUCAUCCACAAAUUCUUCAAAUAUGGAUUUACGAUGGAGACUCUCCGACUGAUGAUGGUCCCCAUUGGACUCAAGAAUCACCAGCUUAGACCCGAAGACAAAGGGGAGAAGUCGCUAAAUGAUCUAAACAGCCAGACGUAACGAAGUCGAAAUGAAACGGAAAGCAGCUUUGUUUGCAUAUCAAUUCUUCUCAACUCACACAUAUACAAACCACAUCAUCCCAAACAUAAGAAUAUACAUCUCACACAUAUACAAACCACACCAUCCCAAACAUAGGUAUAUACAUCUCACACAUAUACAAACCACACCAUCCCAAUCAUAGGUAUAUAUAUCUCACACAUAUACAAACCACACCAUCCCAAACAUAGGAAUAUACAUCUCACACAUAUACAAACCACACCAUCCCAAACAUAGGAAUAUACGUCUCACACAUAUACAAACCACACCAUCCGAAACAUAGGUAUAUACAUCUCACACAUAUACAAACCACAUCAUCCCAAACAUAAGAAUAUACAUCUCACACAUAUACAAACCACAUCAUCCCAAACAUAGGUAUAUACAUUUCACACAUAUACAAACCACAUCAUCCCAAACAAAGGCAUAUACAUCUCACACAUAUACAAACCACACCAUCCCAAACAUAGGAAUAUACGUCUCACACAUAUACAAACCACACCAUCCGAAACAUAGGUAUAUACAUCUCACACAUAUACAAACUACAUCAUCCCAAACAUAGGUAUAUACAUCUCACACAUAUACAAACCACAUCAUCCCAAACAUAGGUAUAUACAUCUCUUCGGACAUAGACAGACACCCAUAUCAUUUCCCAAAUAUACAUAACACAUAACUCUCCAUACACAUAUCAAUACAUACAAACACAGCCACACCUAUCCCAAGAAAUUGUACACACAUAUACAUUCUCUACACAUAUCCCUCGAUAAAUACAGGCAACCAUACUCCUCCACAAAAUAUGCAUAGCAUACACUUUCUCCAAAACAAACAUUGAUAUAUAUAUAUAUAUAUAUAUAUACUCGCACACGUACAUAUCCUAACAACCACCAAUAUAUACAUUCUCAAAAGUAUAAUCAGACUUUGAUAUACACCAUCACACACAACAAAAGUACCUAUUCACGCAAAAACAGAAAAAAAACUGGGAACCGGUUUAUCUGUACGUACACGCUUUCAUUUAUGUAUAGUGUAUCGAUAUAUAAACACACAUUAUGUGUAACGACUUAGUACAUACAUAGGUACAUAAGUGAACACUAUAGCCAACAUCAUAAGAAUAUUUCUUGCCAAUUCUUGUCAAUUCAUUUUUGUAAUAAUGAAGAUGAGUUUGCAUUAACGUGCUCGUAAUAUACGAUUUUAUGGUGAAUUGUGGGAUACCUAAAUAAACGUGUAUCUGUCACCAAUCAUCAGUUGACCAUGACGUCAUACUCGUCACUACAAACAACUGAUCAAGUCGAUAAAAUUGCUAUGUCAAACUCAUUCGUAGUAUAAUGUCAUUUUCUGCAAUAAAGUUCAAUUUUUAUGAA